AACGCUUCCGUGGCUUCUUAUUUAAAGCCAUCGACUCCACCACCUUCUUCCUCUCCUCUCUCUCUCUCUCUCAUCUGUCGGCCACUUUUGAUCUGCCUUCGAGAACAGAAUGGAAAAUGAGGAUCAGCUCAAACAAGCUUUGAAGCCAAAAUACGAGUGUCUUGUAUUCGAUCUGGAUGACACUCUUUAUCCUUUAAGCUCUGGUUUGUCGGCACAAAUCACCAAGAACAUCCAAGAAUACAUGCUUCAAAAACUUGGCAUAGAGGAGAAUAAGGUUCCCCAAUUAUGUGUUGCGUUGUACAAGGAUUAUGGAACAACACUGGCUGGUCUCAAGGCUAUUGGCUACAACUUUGAAUAUGAUGACUUCCAUAGUUAUGUUCAUGGGAGAUUGCCCUACCAUAUGCUAAAACCUGACCCUGUUCUGAGGGGUCUUUUGCUUAGCCUGCCUAUUCGGAAAGUUAUUUUUACGAAUUCAGACAAGGCCCAUACUGUUAGAGCGCUUAGCAGGCUUGGAUUGGAGGACUGCUUUGAAGGGAUCAUAUCCUUUGAAACCCUAAAUCCAACCCACAAAAAUGGGUUUCCUGUUGAAGCAGAUGACAAGGAUGGAGACCCAAGACCAAGUAGCAUUUCAAGCACUGAAGCUUUUGACAUCAAUGAGUAUUUGAGCCAUCCUAAUGCUAGUUUGGAACUUCCAAGGACCCCAGUUGUCUGCAAACCAUUUGAACAGGCAUAUGAUGAAGUUUUCAAGACGGCCAACAUCGACCCUCAAAGAACAUUAUUUUUUGAUGAUAGCCUUCAUAAUAUACAAGCUGGGAAACGCGUGGGCCUUCACACUGUGUUGGUGGGCACUCCUCACCGCACUCAAGGCGUGGAUUAUGCACUGGAGAGCAUACAUAACAUUAGAGAAGCAUUGCCAGAGCUCUGGGAAGCUGAAGAGAAGUCUGAGAGCGUUAGCUAUUCUGGAAAGGUUGCAAUUGAGACAUAUGUGCAGGCUUAGCUUGUAUGUCCUUGCAAUAAGGUUGGGUAUUUCCAUCUAGGCAAUGUCCUUGGUACCUUUUUUUUUUUUAAUGUACUAUUUUAUGCUACAGCCCUUUCCAAAGCAACUUUGCCACUGUACUAUCGAAACUCCAACUACACAUUUAUCUCGGUUACUUUUGGUUGCU